AUGGACUCUUUUAUGCUGCAAGACGCAGCCGCCUUGGACCGCGUGCGCGCAGCCCAAGAGUUUCUCGAUCCUCAGAACGAUUCGCAAGGACGCAGUUAUAGGUCAGCCAUCAUCUUGAUGCUGCAGAAGAACCAGAGGAGGCUCGUCGUCAAUCUCGAUCAACUCCGCGCCCAUAGCCCCGAACUCGCCUCUGGAAUCCUCGAGGACCCUUUCGACUACAGCCUUGCCUUCAAUCAUGCUCUCAAACAAAUCGUAAAGACUUUGCCCCAGUCUGGCGACGCCGAAAAACUGAACGAUGUGUCAUAUUACUGCGCCUGGGCCGGUAGCUUUGGCAUGAAUGCCUGCAACCCUCGCACCCUAUCCUCGCAGCACCUGAACAGCAUGGUGUCUCUCGAAGGCAUCGUCACGAGAUGCUCUUUGAUUCGGCCCAAGGUCGUGAAGAGCGUACACUACAACGAGACCAAGGACAUCUUCCACUUCCGCGAAUACCAGGACCAGACCAUGACCAACGGAGUCACCACGUCGAGCGCGUACCCCCAGGAGGACGACGAAGGAAACCCCCUCACUACAGAGUACGGCUUUAGCACCUACAGAGACCAUCAAACUGUGUCCAUUCAGGAGAUGCCCGAACGUGCCCCUGCCGGUCAGCUACCUCGCGGCGUGGAUGUAAUACUCGACGAUGACCUUGUGGACAAGGUCAAGCCCGGCGAUCGCGUUCAGCUUGUCGGCAUUUACAGGACCCUCGGAAACAGAAACACCAACCACAAUAGUGCUCUGUUCAAGACCGUCAUCAUUGCCAAUCACAUUAUUCUUCUUUCUUCGAAGUCUGGGGGAGGUGUCGCGACAGCCACCAUCACCGAUACCGACAUUCGAAAUAUCAACAAGGUCGCAAAGAAGAAGAAUCUUCUCGACUUGUUGUCCCAGUCACUCGCACCGAGUAUCUAUGGCCAUGCUUACAUCAAAAAAGCGAUCCUCUUGAUGCUCCUCGGUGGCAUGGAGAAGAACCUCGAGAACGGUACACAUUUGAGAGGUGACAUUAACAUCCUCAUGGUGGGCGACCCAUCCACGGCCAAAUCUCAGCUUCUCCGAUUCGUCCUCAAUACGGCACCGCUGGCAAUCGCCACCACCGGUCGCGGCUCGUCUGGCGUUGGUCUCACUGCUGCUGUGACUUCGGACAAGGAGACUGGAGAGAGGAGACUUGAGGCGGGAGCCAUGGUCAUGGCUGAUCGUGGUGUAGUUUGCAUCGACGAGUUCGACAAGAUGUCUGACAUUGACCGAGUUGCCAUCCACGAAGUCAUGGAACAGCAAACUGUCACCAUUGCCAAGGCGGGUAUACACACAUCGUUAAACGCCAGAUGCAGCGUUGUCGCCGCCGCCAAUCCCAUCUUCGGGCAAUACGACACCCACAAAGACCCGCACAAGAACAUUGCCCUGCCGGACUCUCUCUUGUCUCGUUUCGAUCUUCUGUUUGUUGUCACUGACGACAUUGAGGAUACGAGAGAUCGACAGGUCUCGGAGCACGUUCUGCGGAUGCACCGUUACCGUCAACCGGGCACCGAGGAAGGGGCACCGGUGCGCGAGAAUGCCGGUCAAGCCCUCGGCGUCGCACUCAACAACCAGACCGAUAGUCAACGACUCACUGACGUUUACGAGAAGUUUGACGCGAUGCUCCAUGCCGGCGUCACGUUGACAUCUGGCCGGGGCGCGAACAAGAAGCCCGAGGUCCUCAGCAUACCUUUCAUGAAGAAAUACAUCCAGUACGCCAAAACGAGAAUUCGCCCGGUCCUGACUCAAGCCGCAUCAGACCGUAUCGCGGAUAUCUACGUUGGUCUACGAAACGAUGAGAUGGAAGGUAACCAACGCCGAACCAGUCCUUUGACUGUUCGUACCUUGGAGACUUUGAUUCGUUUGGCUACCGCUCAUGCCAAGUCCCGACUUUCCAACAGAGUUGACGAACGUGAUGCGCUUGCGGCCGAGGGAAUCCUCCGAUUCGCCUUGUUCAAAGAAGUGGUCGAGGACGAGUCGAGAAAGAAGCGAAGAAAGACACAGACCACCGAUUUCGCCUCAUCAAGCGAGGAAAGCUCGUCCGAGGACGAUGGCGACGAUGGCAAUGCCAGAAGCUCAGCUGCCCGAACACCAGCCUCGCGACCCACGCGGUCGACAAGAGGUGUUGCACGCCCUCGGGCCACUGUUGGCAAUCGGAGCGAUGCCGCCAACGGAGAUGCUCAAAAGAGUGAUGCAGAAUCGCCGGCACGACCCAACGCAGAAGAAGAUGAAGACAUUUAUGAUGCCACUCCCCGGAGAUCUCACCGCCGUGGUGGCGCUACUUCCUCGAGUACGGCACCGCACACACAGACAUCUUUUGCUUCUUCUGUGCCCGCUUCCCAGUUGCCCUCACAGUCGCAGGAGGAUGCAGAGAAUGACGAUGAGCUGGCGUCGGAGGCGGCUGGCCUUGCUAUUACAAACGAACCUAUCAGCCCCCAGCGACUGGCAGCUUUCAAGACCGCUCUCGGCCAACUACUCAAUUCGGCCUUGUUCGACGACGAUUCGGCCAACGUUGAUUCUGUUCUUGAAGCCGUCAACAAAAAGCUGCAGCCUAGCAGCGGUGGCGCCUUUGGCAAAGAGGAAGCUGUCAAAGCUCUUAAGAAGAUGGACGAAGCUAACCAGAUUAUGUACACUGAUGGCGAGCUUGUCUACAAGAUCUGA